AUGCGUUUCUCUAUCGCCGCCGCUUCCACCGCUCUCCUCGCUCUCGCCGAGGCCCGCAUCACCGGUAUCAAGGUCCCCAAGGAGAUCGCAGUCGGUGAGCCCUUCGAGGCCAUCAUCGUUCGCGAGAACUACAUCCAGAGCGUCUUCGAUUCCUCCAUCGUCUUUGGCUAUGCUCCCGAGACUCAAUACCCUGGCACCAUCGGCCAGGUCGCCGAUUCCUUCGCCCUCGGAAAGGCCGAGUCUAACAAGGUCGAGCCUCUGAAGAAGAAACUCACCAUCCCCGAGGGCACGAAGGGUCAGGGCCUCAUCACCGCUGCUCUUUUCAGCAUCUACGGUGCUUCUGGAAGCCCUACCAUUAGCGAGUACAAUGUCACCGUCACUUUCGGUGACAAGACUAGCGACGAGUAUGUUAGCUCAUCGUGA